UGAGAUGUGCGCGUCUGAUGGGCACUUGGUUUUAUAGGAAGGGCGCAAGCCGAUGUCAUUUGGGCGCAGCCUAUUGGCCCGUCUGCCUCAUGCGCUCGGACCUCUCUCGCUCGCUCGUACCUAUCAUGUCGGAUCCUUCGGCUUCCUCACUCUCUUUCUCUUUGGAUCGUUCGGACUUCAACAUGUUAUUGACGAUAUGCUGGAAGACAAUGGCCCAUCUAGUCCGAGUGGUCACAAUCAUCGGGUGUGGAUGAGUACAAAUAGCGCAAAACACCAAUAUGAAAGGUUGCAACGCUUACAGACAGAUUCUUGCACUUAGUAGUACUCCUUAGUAGGCUUCAGUCUUUACUUGUAAGCUGUAGCUCCCAAUGAGAAAGUCCUCAAGUCUUCACCGG